AUGGUUAUUGUAUUGCAACUAGAUGAAGAACGCCGUCAAGGUUGUAUUCGGAGCCCAUUAUAUGGUAUUCCAGUAUUCAUCAAGGUGUUAACAGAUCUUCUUCUUAUACAUUUCUUGCGUGCUAAUUAUUAUAGGACAGUAUUGCUACUAGCCAUAUUCUAGGGAUGGACACUAUUGUUGGGAGCUAUGCUCCUGAGGGCUUUCGUCCAAGUGAAGAUGUAGAUGUGAUAGCAAGGCAAGAUUCGAGUGUUAAUUAAUCGCUUGCUUGCUUGCUCUAAUAAAAAUUUCAGUUGACAAAUGCUGGCCCUAUUAUCCUAGCUAAAUCUCAACUUUCUGUAAGCAUUCACUAAUUACCCUAUUCUUCUAUGUUGAUUAGAAUCUUCAGGAGUUCGCUAACUACAAGUAUGCUAUAUAUAUAUGUGUGUGUGUGUGAAUAUUUAUUGACAUUACAGCUUCAGAUUAAUGAGUCUAAACAGAUCAAUUCUAACAGAGCUUAGGGGUGCUGGAUUACCUCCAGGCUGGUCUGCCAUCAAAGGGUAAACUCAGUCUGCCUAUACGACUGUAAAGCUCUAAUAAUUAAGCUCUACAAAUUCUAUGCUGGCAUCCACUAACAUCCUACCAUCAGUGUCCCGGGGGCUCAUCCACUGGCUCAGCGGCCGGAGUAAGCGCUAUCUAUGCUUCAGUUGCUCUAGGUACAGAUACUACUAGAUCUAUCGUGAUCUCAGCCAUACCGGCUGCUCUCUACAGUAUCCGCGUAACAACUGGCGACAUUGACAUGGACGGGGUCAUUCCGUUUUUACGAAGGUUCAAUACCAUUGGUCCUAUGGCUAAAUGUGUAAAAGACGUAGCCGAUAUGCUGGAUAUUAUCAUCGAUCCAGGGCGCAAAAAUACUACGGUUGGAGGUUUCACUACCUCGUUGUCUAAACACUGGAGAGAUGUAAGAAUAGGGGUGCUGGCAACCGAAAAAUGGUUCAUUUCCCCAUCAUCUUUGGGGAGAUCUAAUCCAAAAGCACAGGCACAAAUGGUAUGA